AUGUCGUCGCCCCCCAACCUAGGUGCUACCGCUCCAAAAGUUCAAGAAGCCGGGGAAGAAUUCCUAUCCCUUAUAUGCGAAGGCAUUCGGAGUGUGGGUCAGUGGUUCAUCCCUUCCCGCAUAAGCCAUUACGAAUUCUUUCCAAAUGCUGAUAUCCACCGCCUCAAAAUUUGCGGAAAAAUCUGCGGGAUCACACGAUGGAAGAACAAAUCUUAUUAUAUGAAACUCGAGUUCAUUCCCCAUUCCAAGCAGAGUCUCCAGCAGAAAGAACUGGAUAAUUACGCUCUAAUCCGGAGCACUUGUCUCGGUGUGCCUAAGGUGUUUGACCAUGGACGUUGUAGGGAUUGGUCGUACCUGGUCCUAGAAGAUGUGGGCCCUGAUCUCAGCACUCUUCGAUCAGGACAGCUGUCAAUUAAAACUGCGGCGAAGAUUAUUUGGGGCAUGGUCUUGCGCCUUAAGGAAAUUCACAACUCAGGCCACAUCCAUGGUGAUGUCAAGCCUGACAAUUUCUGUUAUUCAGAAUCAAGAAUCUAUGGAGUAUGCGCAAUUGAUUUCGAGCAGCUUCAGCCUUACCCAACUCCUGGGGGAGCUACAGUAUGUACCCCGUACUGGGCAACUCCCCGCGCGCUUCGCGGAGACAGUUCAUUACCCUGGAGCGACUGCUCUGAGUCUGUAACCCAACAGAUGGGCGUCAAAGAAGGGAUGUUAACAGCUGCGCUUUGUGGCAGUCUGCCCCACUCAUGCCAAGUUUUUGCCCAGCACUGUGUAGCCCUUAGCCUUGAAGAUGAGCCAGAUUACGCAUUAUUGGGGAGGUGCAUGGAGCUGCUGUGGAUGUCCGCAUUAUAG